AUGUUCAGUAGCGCAUUAAUGUGGUUUUUCUUAAAUACAAUUGGCUAUACCCGUGGAUAUGAAAACAUAGCUUUAAAUAAACCUACAUACCUAUCACAUAGGUAUUAUAGUUUAACACACGCAGCUGCUACGUUCGACUCCAGUAAUGCUGCUGAUGGUCUUAAGACCGACCUAUCAGGCUUCGGAGGACAGUGUGUUACAUCAGCUGCUGGUCAGAAGUCCGCCACCUGGUGGGUAAACCUAAGGCUUACAACCAUCUACAGUAUUCAUGAUAUAAGGAUAUAUUACAAGACUGAUAAUGCAAAAUGGGAUUCUCAAAAUGGAUACACGGCUAGAUUUCUAGGAUUCUAUCUUUAUAUAUCUAACACAACAGACAAGCUUGAUGGUCUUCUCUGUUUCCACGACACAAAAUUCAACAGAUCCACUAUACCUGCUGUCGUCAACAUAACCUGUCCUGUACAUGGGCAGUACAUCAUCUAUUAUAACGAAAGGCCCCAGGAAUCCCCAAAUGCUGCUCAAUUUUCUAGCGGUGCUCAUGCUGAAUUGUGUGAGGUGGAGGUUUAUGGUUGCAAUAACAUAGGUUACUAUGGACCUACCUGUUUGUUCCCAAGUCCAGAUACAAACUGUCGUUAUUGUCACAUAGAAACAGGUGCUUGUCAGGGAUGUAAACCGGGAUACCAGGGACAGUAG